AUGGCUAUCCCUAGUGUCCUAGCUUUUGACGCUGAGGGUCGCGCCAUUGAUUUUGAGGUCUGGUUAGACGACCUGCAGCUGUUCUUACAGUGCGACAGGGCUGACGACCUUUCUCUCUUUGACCUCACCUCUGGCGCCUCUCCUGCUCCUGCUGCUGAUGCUGAUCCCACUGUCCGCUCUAAGUGGGCCACCCGCGAUGCUGCUGCACGUCUUGCUGUGCGUCGCCACCUCCCUACCUCUGAGCGUGCGCACUUUAGUCAGUACAAGAGUGCUCAGACCUUGUACGACGCUGUAGUUGCGCGCUACUCCUCCCCUGCCACUGCUGCACUGAGCCGUCUCAUGCUUCCCUACCUCUUUCCUGACCUCUCUGCCUUUCCCACUGUCGCUGACCUCAUUACGCACCUUCGCACUAGUGACACUCGCUACCGCGCCGCCCUUCCUGCUGAGUUCUGCGCUAAGAACCCCCCCCCCAUGUACAUCGCUCUCUACUACGUAGUCGCGCGCCUCCCUGACUCCCUUCGCGUCGUCAGGGACCACUUUCUUGCAGUCUGUCCCACCACCCUCACCGUCGACCUCCUCGAGAAGGCCCUCCUCGCAGCGGAGAAGAGCAUAGUCGCUGUAGGUGCUUCUCCUGGUGACCCUCGCACCCCCAUCUUUGAGGGGUGCUCUCCUUCCCCCUUGCUGCCCUCUGUUGCCUCUACUGCUGCUGCCGACCUGCUUGGUCUUGAGUCGGUCGGCGCGGCGUCUGCCCCUAGUGGGAGACGUCGCUCCAGCAAGGGCAAGGGGGGCAAGGGCGCGGGUGGAGCUGGAGGGGGCGGUGGCGGUGGCGGCGGUGGCGGCGGAGGGAGUGGGGGUGGCGGCGGGACUAGUGGCGGGGGUGGUGGUGAUGGUGGCAGCAGCGGCGGAGACGGUGGUGGUGGUGCCAGCGGUGGUGGUGGAGGCAGCGGCGGGGUGGAGGCGGCGGAGGUGGAGGCGGUGGAGGCGGCAGCGGAGGAGGCGGUGGUGGUGGAGGAGGUGGAGCUGGUCGAGGUGGUACCCAGCAGCGUAGCGGCGGUGGUGGUGGCCAGCGCUCGCAGCGGCAGCAGCAGCAGCGCUCGCGGGACAUCCCUCCGCCUCAGCAGCUUCGUGAGUGGUACACUGGGCGUCAGAGGGUGUGGGGGUGCCCACGCCACCCAGCGCUGCUUUGGCCGCCUGACGGACGCUUGGCGUCAGCAGUUCCGUGGGGCUAGUGAGAUCCCUCGCUGGGAUGAGCUUCUAAGGGCUGGUGUAGCGAUCUUUGAUCUUGAUUUUGAUGCUAUCCUUGCUGCUAUGUAUGUUGUGGAUUAUAGUGAGGAGAAUGAGGGUUACCGUUGUUUCCAGCCCGACCCGGGCAUUGGUACUGCUGCGCUAGGUGCUUGUGAGGCUGCUGCUCUAGGUGCCAGUGCGUCUGUGCUCUCAGGUACUGGUGAGACUGCGCUCUCAGGUACUGCGUCGUCCUCGUCCUCCCUCACUUUCACACUUGACUCCGGAGCUUCUCGCUCCUUCUUUCGAGACCGCACUACCCUUACGCCGCUCGGCCGGCCGGUUGCGGUCUCCCUUGCUGACCCCUCUGGGGGUCCUGUCCUGUCUCACUUCUCCACUGUCCUCCCGUGUCCGGCUGCCCCUUCGGGCACCCUGUCGGGUCUGUACCUUCCCUCGUUCUCUACGAACUUGGUGAGUGGAGCGGACCUGCAGGAUGUGGGGGUUCACCAGUUCACUCCUACGAGUCAGCGGGUGACCCACUGCACGGAGGCACGCACAGGCCGACACCUGGCCACGUUCUCGCGUCGGCCGGGGUCGAGUCUCUACACCCUGACCGUUGAGUCUCCUCCUGUCCCUGCGUCUGGUCAGGUGGCUGCGUCGGGUCAGGUGCUUGCUGCUGCGUCCCGGUCAGGUCCUGAGUCUGCCCCCUGUUCUUGUCGCCUCCUGUCUCACGAGACUCUCCUGUCGCACCACCGUCUUGGCCACCCCUCCUUGCCCCGUCUUCGGAGCAUGGCUUCCCGUGUCCUUGUCUCUGGUCUUCCCCAGUCUCUCCCUCCUCUCCCCUCUGGGCCAGGACCUUCCUGUGUCCCCUGUGUCGAGGGUCGCCUCCGGGCUACUCCUCACUCCUCCCACUUCCCCCCGACAGAGGCUCCCCUGCAGACGCUUCACAUGGAUGUGUGGGGCCCAGCCCCCGUCCGUGGGCAGGGUUACGAGCGCUACUUCCUGUUGGUGGUUGACGACUACUCGCGUUACACCACAGUCCUCCCCUUGCACAGCAAGGGUGCGGUCACUGAGGUGCUGAUCGACUGGAUCCGCGAGGCUCGUCUCCAGCUCAGGAAGAGCUUCGGCUCGGACUUUCCUGUUCUGCGUCUGCACUCGGACAGAGGCGGAGAGUUCUCUUCUCGCCUUCUGCGGGACUACUGUCGUGCACGGGGGAUCCGCCAGACCUUCACGCUUCCGGACUCACCACAGCAAAAUGGGAUUGCUGAGCGCCGCAUUGGCAUGGUCAUGGAUGUCGCUCGUACGUCCAUGAUGCAUGCGGCUGCCCCCCAUUUUCUGUGGCCGUUUGCGGUGAGGUACGCGGCGCAUCAGCUCAACCUUCACCCCCGGGUCUCUCGGCCUGCGAUGUCCCCAGCCUUGCUGUGGACGGGGAAGGUUGGCGAUGCGUCUGUGUUCCGUGUCUGGGGAUCUCGAGCGUUUGUCCGCGACUUGUCUGCGGACAAGUUGUCCCCUCGUGCUGCUCCCUGUGUCUUCCUUGGCUUCCCCACUGACGCCCCAGGGUGGCAGUUUUACCACCCCUCCUCUCGUCGUGUUCUGUCCUCCCAGGACGUCACGUUCGACGAAUCAGUCCCCUUCUACCGCCUCUUCCCCUACCGCACUCCUUCCCUCCCCCCUCCCCCGGACUUCCUUGUGCCGGUUCCUCCCCCGGUAGACCCCCUCCCACCUCAGGUUCCUGCCCCCUCAUGUGUGUCCCAGGUAGACGCCGUUGACCCGGUCGAGGUUACUGGUGACUCUGGUGCUGCUGCGGGUGCUGAGCCUGGGGGUGCUGACUCUGGGGGUGCUGUGCGCGGGGGUGCUGAGCCUGGGGGUGCUACUGCUGGGGGUGCUGGGCCUGAGGGUGCUACUGCGGAGGGUGCAAAGCCUGGGGGUGCUGAGCCGGGGGGUGCUGUGCCUGGAGGUGCUGGGUCUGGGGAUGCUGGGUCGGGAGCUGCUGAGCCUGGGGGUGCUGAGCUGGGAGCUGCUGAGCCUGGGGAUGCUGCGUCUGGAGCUGCUGAGCCUGGGGUUUCUCCUGCUGCUGCGUCUCGCCGGGAGCCCCUCUCUCCACAGGAGCUGCGCGAGUGGUUCGCUCGCCGCUGGAGGCGUGCUGCUGAGUCUGGAGGUGCUGCUGGAGCUGGAGCUGGAGCUUCUUCGACCGUCGAGGGUGCGGGUGCUGCCGGUCCCGAAGCUGCUGGACCUGCGGGUCCUCCUGGAGCUGGAGCUGCUGAGGGCGUUGGUGCUGAGCCUACUGCUGUUGGUCCUGCCGCUGGAGGUGUGGGUGGCGCUGGUGCUGUCGCUGAGGGUGCUGGUGCUGUCCCUGCUGCGUCUGGAGCUGCCGCGCGGCCUCGGCCGUACUUCGUUCCGCUCCUGCAGCAGGUUCUUGGUCUUUCUCCUCCAGUAGAGGGUCCACCGCCUGUCCAGUCGCAGUCCCUGCUGGAGCCUUCCUCUCCACUGCCUGCUCCCUCUCCUUACACUGGUCCUACUGGAGGUCUUGCUGAGCGUCGUGAGCCUGCGUCUCGUCCCGCGUCGCCUGUUCGUGCUGCUCGCGCUAGUGGUCGCAGUUCGCGUCAGCGUCUUCCUCCUGUCCCUGGCACGCACCGGAUGUCUUUGCGUCCGUCCACUGCUCCUCUGCGUGCCCCUUUUCCUUCUCCUCCUGAGUCCUCUCUUCCUGCGCUUGCCGACCCUGAGUUGGACUCUCUUCGUGCUGCCAGUCCUACUGUCACGCGUGUGCUUGCUACUGUCGUCACUGACCCCUCUUUUGAGUCCACUGCUGCGUCUGCUCUAGUCGCUGAGCUCGUCGACUUUGCUGCUCGCUGUCGUCUCGACUACGCUGCUAGUCUUGUUGCUGAGUCUGCGUCUGUCUGUCCUCCGUCCGUCGGGGGUGAGUGUGCUCUUGGCACGGACGUCCUAGAGGACAGGCAGGAGGAGUUACAGUGUCUAGCGGCUGCUUCACCUCAUCUCGCGUCUGUACUGCUUGCCCCUGAGGGAGACCCGGAUGCACUAGACAUCCCGACUCCGCGUUCUUACACGGAGGCCGUAGAGGGUCCCUACUCCUCUCAGUGGCAGGCAGCUAUGGAUGCAAAGAUGGCUUCCUGGAAGUCCACAGGCACCUACGUUGACGCGGUUCCCCCUCCUGGGGCGAACAUCGUCAGUGGCUUGUGGAUCUUCAGGGUGAAGCGGCCGCUGGGCUCUCCACCUGUCUUCAAGGCACGGUACGUUGCUCGUGGCUUCAGUCAGCGGCAGGGAGUUGACUACUUUCAGACCUUCUCUCCCACCCCGAAGAUGACUACUCUUCGGGUGCUGCUGCACAUAGCCGCUCAGCGCGACUACGAGCUUCACUCUCUCGACUUCAGCACUGCGUUCUUGCAGGGUAGCCUGCACGAGGAGAUCUGGCUUCGCCGUCCACCUGGCUUCACUGGGACUUUCCCUCCUGGCACCCAGUGGAGCCUCCGACGGCCAGUCUACGGUCUCCGCCAGGCACCGCGUGAGUGGCACGACACACUGAGGACUACGCUUGCGGCUCUUGGGUUUGCUCCUUCUACUGCUGACCCGUCGCUGUUUCUUCGCACCGACACUUCCCUGCCGCCGUUCUACAUCCUCGUGUACGUCGACGACUUGGUCUUUGCCACAGCGGACACUGCUGGACUCGCCUACGUGAAGUCCGAGCUGCUGAAGAGACACACGUGUACAGACCUGGGUGAACUGCGCAGCUACCUUGGCUUGCAGAUCACUCGGGACAGAACACGCCGCACCAUUACCUUGACUCAGUCACACAUGGUGCAGCAGGUCCUUCAGCGCUUCGGCUUUACGUACUCCUCGCCUCAGGCCACUCCUCUGCCUACUCGCCACUCACUCUCAGCUCUGCCUUCGGAUGAGUCCGUAGAGUCGAGUGGUCCGUAUGCAGAGCUUGUUGGCUGCCUCAUGUACCUGAUGACCUGCACACGACCUGACCUUGCAUACCCUCUGAGCAUUCUUGCACGCUAUGUUGCUCCUGGGAGACACAGACCGGAGCACAUGGCUGCAGCGAAGAGGGUAUUGCGCUACCUGUGCAGCACGUCGGGCAUGGGGCUAGUGCUUGGAGGGCGGAGUCCAGUGGUCCUUACCGGCCACGCGGACGCUUCUUGGGCUGACGACCAGGCUACGCAGCGGUCGUCACAGGGUUACACCUUCAGCCUUGGUUCCGGCUCUGUCUCGUGGCGGUCUACUCGCUCGUCUUCGGUUCUCGGCUCCAGUUGUGAGGCUGAGAUCUACGCCGGGGCCAUGGCUGCACAGGAGCUUCGCUGGCUCACCUACCUGCUGACUGACCUUGGAGAGCCGCCUCAUUCUCCUCCAGUGCUGUACGUAGACAACAAGGCCAUGCUGGCCUUGUGUCGAGAGCAGCGCUUGGAGCACAGAACGAAGCACAUUGCUCUCCGCUACUUCCUUGCUCGUGAGCUGCAGCAGCGUGGUCAGUUGCGACUUGCGUACGUGGCCUCUGAGGCCAACACUGCUGAUGUGUUCACCAAGGCACUCGCGCCUUGUGACCAUCAGCGCUUUUGCACCCAGCUGGGUCUUGUACCUGUCUUGCCUCACUUGCUCUCCUCUUGA